AAGAAUCGAAGACAGUAAGAGUAAAAAUGGGACGAAGAAGAAGAUCCCGGUCCACCAGCCCUCGCAGAGGUCGCCACCGACGUUCUGAAUCGUGUUCUAGCAGUAGUGACGAAUAUUCUUCUUCCUCAUCGGAAGACAGGAGUAGAAGUAGGCGGACACGUCGCCGUUCGCGUUCGCCAUCCAGUGACCAUCAACGUCGCCAUCGUCGUGAAAGAAGUUCAGACAACCAUGAAUCUCGUCGAUCAAGGCAAAGGCGACGAUCAAGAAGUAGGGAGAGAAGCAAGAGAUCAAAUAGCAGAAGGAGAGAAGCACGUAGGUCCCGUAGCAGAGAUUGGAAGCGGUCAAGGAGCAAAGACAGACAUGACAAAAGCCAUUCCUCAGAUUACAAGACUGAGAAGAAGUCGAAUUCUGCCAAGCAACAAGUAGAAAAACUACGCGAACAGCGCAAGGCAGCACUGAAGCAAGCAGAAAAGACAGACGAUGCGCUGCGGGAACAGUUUGAAGAGCGCUACUACCGUGAUGGUGAUAAGGUCCGGUGGGAGAGGUUUGGAGGUGAUGCCAGUGAUGGAGAUGAUGAAAAGACUUUGUUGGAAGAGGUAGCCAGUGGAGUGACAUCGGGAGCUUUGGAGCAACCUCAGCCAACACCAGAAGUGCUGUCUGCUGUGCCGCCACCUUCAGAUGCUCUCGAAGCAGCACAGCGCCAUUCCACUAUUGAAGCCAUAAACAAUCCCAAGUUCUCUCAGAAGGCGUUUGUGUCCAAUCGUCUUGGUGUAGAUGCCGCUGCAGCUGCUGCUCAGUCCAAGCGCGCAUCAGCAGCCAGUGCAGAGCUCAAGCAUGAAGCAGCAAUCUUUGGCACAUCAGACAGCACUGCAGCCAAGUUCAGUGGAGCGGCUACAUCGGCUGCACCCGUCACAUCGAUUGUUGCUGAGCACUCAUCUCUCUGGUCAGACAAGAAAGACGAGGGUGCAGUCUUAACGUCAGUUAUGGGUGAACUGUUCGAUGUCAGCCACGCGCUAAAGAAGGAGAGAUGGGUAGAGAAACUGCAUCAGCUGCGUCAGAAUGCUCUCAAGGCAACUGCGACCGGCUGAGUGGCACUGCGGGUAGUUACCAGUGUUAUGGCAAUGCUGUGCCCCACUAUGAGACUCCUUUGAAGUAGCUCUUCUCCAUGUGGCACAAGUACGCGCCAUUAGAUGCUGCUUAUGGCUCUCAGUACCAGCACAGUUCAGCUUCAUCAUGACUGUGAUUAAGCUCACUCAGAAAUUCAGAAUCCUGUACACCGUGCUAUGAGCUCACGAUGCGCAUCGCUAUUUCGCCCUUGUGAACACUGUGCCGCUGCAGAAGUGACACUACACUGUACUAUACAGACGGGGAGAUAUCACACAACAGUACUCACCACGUGUCAAGUGAUCCGACCUUGCUCACUCACACACACACACACGCGGCCGUACCAGUUAUGCUUGCUAAGCUUUUGUAACAUGGUAACAGUCAGUGGGCUAUGUGUGCUAUGUGUACCAGUGCUGUAUCUCGUGUGAGAGCAGUACCAUGCUGAAGUACUUGAUUGCUUCAACUUACUUGUAGAUGUAUUGGCACGUGUGAUGCACUGGGCUGGCCCGGUGUGUCUCUAUGCCAACAUACACAGCUUAUUAGUUGCUGUGCCCCAAUGAGUUGUUUCAAUGUUGAUCUCCCCUGCCAGUGGCUAUUUCCAUCCUUGUUUCUGUUAUUCAGUGCUAUUAGAACUACAGAUAUGCUCUACUGGAAUGUUAUGAUACGAGAAACAGUUGUGUUGA